GCGUGUCCUAGCUACGGGCGGCGGUCGCUUUGCGGCCCGGCUGCGGCAGCGCAGCGGAGGGGUGCGGGUUGAGGCUCGGUCCGGUCCGACCCGGCCCGGCCGCCUUCUUUGCCCCGCUAUGGCGCUCCUCCGCGCCGCCGCGCUGCCCGCCGAGGGCUCCCCGGCCUGGCUGCCCACCCACGUGCAGGUGACGGUGGUGCGGGCCCGCGGGCUGCGCUGUAAGGGCGGCGGCGGGGGCAAAGCGGGCAGCAGCGACGCGUACACCAUCAUCCAGCUGGGCCGCGAGAAGUACUGCACCUCGGUGGCCGAAAAGAGCGGCGGCUGCCCGGAGUGGAGGGAGGAGUGCUCCUUCGAGCUGCCGACCCCCGAACCCGACGCUGAGGCCGCUCUGCUGCUCACCGUCAUGCACCGCGCCCUGGUGGGCAUGGAUCGCUUCCUGGGCAUGGCCCGGGUACCGCUGCGGGCAGCGGGGCUGCAGGGCCGGGCGGCCGAGGAGCGGUGGCACAAGCUGCACUCCAAGCCCGGCAAGAAGGAGAAGGAACGCGGCGAGAUCCAGGUGAGCAUCCAGUUCACCCGCAACAACCUGACGGCCAGCAUGUUCGACCUGUCCAUGAAGGACAAGCCGCGGUCGCCCUUCGGCAAGCUGAAGGACAAGAUGAAGGGCAAGAAGAAGUACGACCUGGAGUCGGCCUCCGCCAUCAUCCCCAGCAGCGUGGCUGGGCUGGACGUGGAGGACGACUACGACGGCGGCGGCAAGAAGUCCAAAGUGAAAGGCUUCUUCUUGAAGAACAAGCUGCGCAAGUCGUCCCUAACUCAGUCCAACACCUCGCUGGGAUCCGACAGCACCAUCUCCUCGGCCAGCCUGGGCAUGGCCAGCGGCGUCGCCGAGCUGACCAGAUCCCCCAGCAGACACAGCAGUCUGUCCACGGAGCGCUCCGUGAAGGACUUCUUGCCUUCUCCGAAGCUGACCCACAAGAGAGCGUUCAGCGACGACGUCUCCCAGGUCAGCCCGGUCCUGGAGCCCAAAGCAAUCCCCGGCCUGAAGCCAAAGACCGAUCCCGUGUCCCGCUCCUCCCUCUGCAUCAACGGGAGCCACGUGUACGGUGACGAGCCCACCCCGAGGAGCCCCGUGCCCACCCCGCAGGGCUCCGCGCCGCUGCCCGUCCCCAAAAGGCCGGAGGAGGGUUUUGGCUUCACCCCGAUCCACGCCGACCCCCACGAGGUGCCCUGGGGGGCCGGCGGCUCGGAGAGGACGCAGCAAAGGGACGAGCUGAGGUUCAUCCCCUCUCCUCCCAGCUUGGUCCUGCAGGAAGAGCUCAGGGUGUCCACCAAAGCCGUGACCCUCAGCAACCACCUGGGCAGAGCCAGGAUGGAAGAAAACAGCCGCCUGGAGAACAAGCCGACCCAGGUGGCGACGCCCCUGGUCUUCUCCGGGGAGGUGGCGAAGGAGAAGCAACCCGAGGAAACAAGGAAGGAAGAAAAGAAAACGAAGGGCGGGCUCUUCCACAAGAGUGAUGCGGGGAGCAGGGGGCAGGGGGAGAAAACUGGAGCCUCGCAGGGCCCUGCGGCAGCGGGAGACGACAGGAGCAAGGCCGGAGGCUGGUUUGGUUCCAAGGAGCCCAAGGACUCUCCCCAGAAACCCAGUUUCCCGUCUGGGCCGCAUGCUUCAACAGAGGUCGCUGGGAGCUUGUGUUCCUCUGAGGAUUGCAGUCCCUCUGCCUCCCUAAGACUUAAAGAUCCGGAGGGAGAAUCUCCAGCCAAAAGCGUUGGCGUCCCCGUGCCCGAAACCACUCCUCCGUCCCACGGAGAACCUCCUCCUCCGGAUGAGGAACCCGCCACCUCUCCUGCUCCCCUCUCGGAGUGGGACGAGACCUUCGAUGCCUUUGCCACCAGCAGGCUCAGACCGGACCCAAAGAAGGAGGACUUCUUUGCUUCGGUGGCGGCGGAGGACGUGGCUUUCAUCGACGAUCCCGAUGCUGCCAGCCCCACGGAACGGUCGGCCGAGCCGGCUCCCGAGGAUGGGACGAAGGGCUUUGAAAAAAAGGCCGAGCCUCAAAUCAGCAGCGAAAUGCCCCCAGUGCUGCUGUCUUGGACGAAUUUCUCCGGUUUGGAUGUUGGGGCGAACCUGGUGAGCACAACCCAGGAAGCGACUGUGAUCGAGGAUGUGCUGAGCCCCGUGUCCGCGGGGUCGGCGGCGAGGAGGAGGAAGAGCAGCACGCCCAUGGUUUGGGCCGCCGCGUUGUCGUCGGGAAAUCCAGGGGAAAAGGAAGCAUCCACCCUGCUGAGCGCUGAUAGUUGUGGCGGGGAGGAACGGGACAGUAAUGAGGAGGAAACCUCUAGUGUAGGGGAGAACGGCUGGAUGACCAUCGCCACCGAAACCGAGCCCGAUCCCUCCGAGAGCACCCAGAGCAUUGGCCAGGGGAGCGCGUUCGGGCAGCGAUCCUUCCACAGCGAGGGCCCCUUUGAAACGAAAAGCGCUUCUCACGUCCUGCCCCGUGGCACCUUCAGCUCCGAAAACGCAGUAGAAACACUACCGGGCAGCAACGUGGCCGCCGUGUCCCCGCGGGUGCUGCAGGACAUGGCAGCGGGGCGCUUCCCCGCGGCCUCCGGCAUGGGGAAGGAGCUGCAGGAUGAUGGCGGGGAGAUGUUCGACAUCAGGAGCUCGGUGUACCGGCUGCAGGCCAGCAUGCGGCUGGAGGCCGGCGAGGGCCGCGUGAAGACGGGCUCCGACGCCGUCCUCGCUCCGUGGACGGGUGUGCGAGGGAAGGAGGAGGCCGUGCCGCCUCCCAAACCUCCGCGGUGGUUCGCGGCCACGUGCGGCGGAGGGGACGAUGAGGACAACGCUGAGGACACGACGGCGAGGCAGCGAGGUGGUGAGGAGCAGCAGGAAGGCGAGGAGGGCCUGGAGCAGCCACGGAGCCAUCCGAGCGGUGACACGGCCGUCCCUGCACCUAGCACGGCUGUGCAUGAGGAAACUGCCGACGUGGAGGCCGGAGGGGACACCUCUCUGGGGGAAGAGCCACCGGAGAUGAACGGGACGGAUGCGGCCGAGCACUUUGAGACUUGCCCCUCCAAGUUCUCCGUGGAUGAGCUCACCCCGUCGGGUGCUGCCGGGAGCUGGAGCCAGCCGGCUUUGUCUCCUCCGUCACAGCUCAGUCUCGGCGCGGAGCCGUCGAUAGCCCCAGAGCAGGGGCCGUGCCCCGAGGAGCUCGGUGUGUCAGCGCCGGACUCGGGCCUACCCGAGACCUUCUGGACGGCGUUGGAGGAGCAGGAGGCGUUGGGCCGCCCGCACAGGUUAGCGCCGGAGCAGGCCCGGGGCCGAGGUGAGGGGCCGGCAGAGGGCUGUCCCCGUCAGGCAGAGCAGGGCCGGCCGCCCGCGGGGAUAGACUUCAAGAAGGCCGAAUUCUGGAAGCCAGAUAGAACGGAGGAGAGGAACGAGCAGGAUGCUGCGAGCCCGGGCAAUCCCUUUGCUCUGGCGGUCAGCCCUGUUGCCCCCACGAACCCCUUUGUGGAAAAGCCGGCAGACACCCUUCCCAUCCAGGCUGUGCUGCCCGAAAGGUUCGCUCAGGGCUUCAGCUCCCCCCAGCUCCACGGGGAAGCCCUUCAGCAAGGCUUCCAGCCCACUAACCCCCCCAGGGACCCGCUAGGCAAUCCUUCCCUGCAUGACAGCCAGCCCUUGGCCUUCUCCACCCCUUUCCCCGUGGCUGCGACUAACCCCGAGCAGUUUGAUUUCCCCUCCCCUGCCGCGACCAGCCGCGCCGCAGCCCAGCCCUGCCCUUUGCCGCAGUCCGGUGACACACAAGCUUCAGCGCUCGUGGUUUUGCCCAGGGAGACACAGCCAGCUGAGAAGCCCUUUUUCCAGCAGACGACCAGUCCUCACCCGGUGAAACCCAUCAGUGCUGCGGUGCAGGAGGUCUCUGGUGAGAAGAAGCAGCAGCCCAAAUCCAGCCUGAGCACAGCGCUGAGCAACGGCCUGGAGAAGCUGAAGACGGUCACCACGGGCAGCGUUCAGCCUGUGGCCCCCUCGUCGUACCCGGAGAAAACAGACCCAAAGAAGGUAAAGGAUCCCACCGCGUUGGACCAAUCAGCCAAGUAUUAUCACUUGACCCACGAUGAACUCAUCCAGCUCCUGCUGCAGAGAGAGAAGGAGCUGAGUAAGAAGGAGGAGCACAUCCAGGAGCUGGAGAAUUACAUUGACCAGCUGCUGGUGCGCAUCAUGGAGCAGUCUCCCACACUCCUCCAGAUCCCGCUGGGGGAAGCCAAGACCAAGUAACCUCUGGGCAGAGACCAGCAUCACCUGCCUAAAGCACUUCCAGUAAACACGCUGCAAACAUCCCUGCACUCCCCUCCCUCCUCUUAAAGAGGGCUUCUCCAGUGGCUUCAGUUCGCAGAGUUUAGCAGGAAUGGUUAUCUGCUCCUUCCCAACCUAAGCUUAUCCCAGCUCUGGCUCCAGGGAACUAUAGGGUGGUGGGCUGUCAUCCACCCUGUGGGGAGGAGCAGAGCCCUCCUCAGCAGGCAGGUGCCUCCUGAGGUUCCUGUUGUAACCAAGUGGCAUCUUCUCAGGCACUCAUCCUACCAAUGCUUUAAGUGGUCCACGAACAUCUGAGAGCUGGAAACCAGCCACCUCGCCCUUGUCUUCAUCCUGCUGCUGCUGCUCUUCUGCAUACACUCUUCCACAGGCUCUUCUCUGAUUUGGUGUGCUCUGGCUGAUGGGCAGUGUUAAAUUGGUUGGCAGAAUUGGGGAUGCCUAAACUCAGUAAGAGUCUACCAGCACGUUAUUGUCCACUAAGUCUGCUCGGCGGGGCAGCUAGGGGAAGGGGCUGCUGCUGGAUGCCUCCUUCUCUUCCUGCCCCAUACGUUGUACCCACAAAGGAAGGCUCUGUCUGAACAGCCGGCUCCUCUUCGUGUCAGUACUGGUGGAGUAAGAGGCAGUACACAAAGCCACAGCGCUGCAAUCGGAGGCUGCAAAGACUCAAGCCAACGUCACUGCCUGAUUGUGAGCUGUGCUGGUUCCUUCUCUGCGUGCAUACAGGGUUGUGAUGCUGCCUUAGAGACCCAGCCCAAACCUGAACUUGCAGAGAGGGGCCAGCGAUGGUUUGUGCAGCGUCAGCGCUGCAGGAGAUCUUGCACACCACCCAACCCAGCACCAGGCGGGCUGGCACCAGUGUGCCUGGGGGACUCCUGUAUGCAGAAACCACAGCUGGAUUUUCUGAUCAGUAUUACACUCCCCCCUUCUCUGCGUCUGCAGGAUUUGCUUUCCACUGGCUGCCCCCUACCAUUGACUUUGUUUUUUUCAUUCUCAGUGCAACAGGAAAACGCCAUACGGACCGAAGCUAGUGUGCAGAGAACGAUGUCUGGCUGCCCAGCCACCUCUAUGCAUGAUGUCCCGUUAGGUCAGACAUCCACCAACCAUGUGCAAACCACAUUUUGUGAAAGCUAGCAAUCCAGCAAUCGACGCGGAUCACUUUCGAGCCAGUAUUAGUGCCAGAACAGCUAGAAUUAUCUCACACCUCCACGCCAACGUCAGCUCUCUGGCAGCUUGGGCCCACCCCUAGAUAAGCUAGGCCAGCUCUCUCGGGAGUUGAAUGCUUCUUGCUAACUUGGAGUGACUGUGUGAAGGCCUCUGGGUUGCUUGGUGUAGUAGAUGAUGUGAGCGUGGGGCUGGUGUGCGUCGCAGCACAGUGCAGCUUUUGGUUUGGAGGUGCUGGGGAAGGGCAUAUCAACCUCUUCUUGUGUCAGUAUUUUGGCUAGAAGGUGUCCAUGCAGGCGGAGGGUCAGCUGGUGUGGGACAUGAGCUGUCUCAGCACGUAGGGCAUCUUCUCCCCACUGCAGAUCUCCAAAAGUUACUGGAUUUUUUUAACCUUUAUAUUCUUUUCUCCUUCCUUACUUCAGCAUAUGCCACGACUGAAAAAUUGUGCCUUUUGCAAUAGAACAAUGGCAGUUCCCUGUGAGAAAAGGCUCUGAAGUCCAGUUCUCAGCUGACUGUAGCACAGCUUGGCCAGCUUUCUGUUCUGCUUGCCUGCUGAUUUGAACUAGGUGAGUCUAUAUUUUAAAGCAGUCAGCAGAGCCUUCCUAUCCCUAUGGGCGGUUUGUUUUGGUCCUUGACAGGAGUGCUGCGUGGACAGCUCCGUGAUAUGGCAGCUGCAGAUACAGGAGGUGAUACUGAGGGAAGGUGUGGCAGAUAUUAGAAGACAAAAUGCAGCUGGAUAAAGGCGGUAUUGGGUCACACUCAAAGCCUGAGGCUGACAGAAGGAAGAGGUAUCAGCUUAAAAGGAGGUUUGGCAUCUCUGCCAGUGACUAUAUUUGGUCACGUCUAGCUUGCAGACUGUCAUGUUAACAGGAGGGUUUGUUACCCUGGAAGAUAGCAGCCGUGAGCCGUUAGUUCCUACCUGUGCUUGUCCCUAAUAGGGAGCUAACUGGGCUUUUGCACUUCUCUACCUGCAUCUUUAUGUUCCUCUUCCCUCCACGUGUCUCAGAUGCAAGGACUUCAAUUUCUGGUGUAAGACGUGAGGGCCUGAGGGAAGGUGUUUCCCUCUCUAAGUAAUGAACUUCUCUUUGCCUAUAUAAUGAAAAGAUCCCAUGGCCUGGGAACUGGCUUCCCUUUCUGGGUGCCUGCCUCCUGUAAAAAGCCUUCCCCCAUAGGUGACGCCAGGCAGGGAGGAGCUGUGGACAGCUGGAAGGCAGUGCAGCAUCAGGAGAGCUGCGUGAUGCAGGAAAGAGGGUAGAGAGAAGGGCUGGGUUGCUGAGUGAGGGCAGCUCAGCUCAAAUGCAUUGGGAAGGGCACAGGGCUGAAAUCCCGCAGUGGCCGUCCUGGCUCGCUGCUGCCUGACAAUCAGCUGCUUCCUUGGGUUUCUCCCAUCAGUGGCAGGCAUUGUAGGUGCCCCCCACCCACAAGUGCCCGUGUUUUUAAGGAGCUCACUACACCUCCUCCCUGUCUCUCCUCCUCCGUUGCAUCUGACCGCCUCCGUACGCCCCUCUCUGCCUUAGGCAGCUCUGCCUCUUCUCCCAAAGCUUGAACGUUUUGCACUUUAUAUAUUCAAGUUGAUCUCAGAGCUCCAGAGGGCCGCGUCAGGGCCCCUUCAGCAAUACGUGCUUCCUUCUGCCACCCACGGGGCUGCAGAGAGAAGCAAGUGGUGGGGACAGCCGAGGCUGCCGCGAUGUCUCAUGUCUGUCAGAGCGUUUGGAAGUCCAGAGGUACCUACAAACGAUGCUCUUGUUUCGGAGGAGGCAUCUUCAAGGUGCUUUUGUCUUUUCUUUGUUUCUCCACCUCACUAUUCUGAGAAUGUUCCCCUCCCCCUCCUCCCCCCCCCCUCCCCCCCAGUUUUUAUUCUCUGCGUAAAAGCAAGCACUACACCGCUAACAAUGCCGAAGCCAGAACGUGGAACUGGAGGACCUAGAUGCUUUCUCGUAGAUGGGGAGAUGAGAAUAACAACUGGGGGGAAAUGUUGUCAAGUUGCUCACGUUCCAAAUCCGUGUUCAGUGAUAAUCUUCUGAAGGGAGGCGAGCAGCACUGCUCGCUGGGCAGGGUAACAGCCAGAGCUGCGCUGCUCUGUGCAGAACGAGCAGAUGUGAAAGAGGCUGCCUGGGCCAGCAGCAGCAGCUUUUGGUGGUUCCGUUUGAAGCACAGCCACAGCAAUAAUUCUGCCUUUUGCCUUUUGCAUCCUGAUCUGUCCUUCUCUUUCCACACUCAGGCUGUGUCACGGGUUUUCUGCAGGGCGCUGUUGCUCUCAUCUGCUCUGCUUUUGUUGUCAGCCCACAACUGGGUUUCUUGCUGUUAAAGAACUCGGGCCAAGUGGUUUAUUUUUUGUCUUUGCUGCCCCUUCUGUCCCAAAACGAUGGGAGAGAAGAGCAGCUGAGGUGUACCCUUAAACUGGAACAAAACCUGAAGGGAUGUGGAUACCGAAGUGUGACGUAGACCCAGCCAUAUGCCUUGUCUGUGAAGGAACAGCUGCGUUCUGUGUUAUAAACGUGGGGUGGAAGCCCACCCCAAAAGCAGAGAGCUAAGCGUUGGGGGGUUUCGGAGUUGUUGAUUCCCUUGUACUUCGUGUACGCGGGAGGUGGGUUCUGUGUGUUUCAUGUUUUAAUAGUUCGCAACUGAUGUUUAUAAAGAGAGCUUGUUAUUUACGUUUUAAGCACUUUAAAAAAAAAAAAAAAAAUAAAAGUUGUUCAAGCUGUUCCUA